UGGGGGGAUGGGGGGGUGGGGCGUGCACAACUUGAAAGAAGAAAAUGCCUAAGCAGCGGCAAGAGUCUUUCAGCGUGGCUCAGGAGAUAGAUAGCCUGGAAGAGAAGCUGUCCCAUUGCAGAGAGGCCUUGGAAGAAGUGGAUUUUAAACUACGGAGACAAGAACUGACUGCUGAGAGAAGAAAGUCACUGGAGGAGGAGAAAAACCUGCUAGCAGCCCAAGCUGAAAGCUACGAGAAAGAACUGAAAAUGCUUCGUCAAGCAAAUUGCAAGAAUGCAGCACUUUCAGUAGCCCUUGUGGUUUUGGUGGUGGUGAUUUACACCUGCUGGACAAUGUAACAGAUUUUAUGGACACCUCCCUAAAGACUUGACUGCAGGAGUCUCCUAUGUUCUUUUUCAGCCUCUCUCCAGGCUUUCAGGGCCUAGGCCAGUCUCAUCCUGUACGCCUUAGGGAAGUUAGUAAUGCCACAGCAGGUUUGGAGACAAGCCUCAUGUUUGAUGGAAGCCCUUCAGUCCAAAGAAAGUAAGUUGAAUGAGCCUCUGGGGUUGGUGGGGAAGUAUAAAAUGUUUGGAUAAAUUAAUUAAAUAAAGGAAAUUUUCAUUUUUCCUGA